AUGUCAAUAUCAACUUCGCAGAGCACGUGUCACGCAUCCGCGGCUAAUUUCACCCUUGACGAUCUCGCCGCUAUCGAUGCCAUCAAGGAAUUAGCGACAAGGUACGGGCGGGUCUCCCAUAUGAGUGUUCUCGACCCUAGUUACAAAUUCUUCGUGAAUAGAGCGCGCACUGCUGCUCUAUCGUUCAAAGUGCAUAACAGGGUUGCUCUAGUCAUGGGCGAUUCCCUGUGCGAGCCGGACUGGUUCGCCAAUGUCCUCGCAGAAUUCAAGGAGUAUCGGAAGAGAUCCGGAUGGAGUAGCGCUUUUAUCGGUGCCAGCGAAGUGUUUGCCGAAUACGCUAAGGAACAUGGAUGGACGACCAUGCAAUCCGGCACCGAGCGCGUGCUCAAUCCCAUGACCAAUGAUGUAUUGAAUGAGAGAGCGGGGAAACGGAUCAUCAUACAAAGCAAGCAACUGCUCAAUCUGAGCAAAGGCAACGUCUCUUUGCGAUUAUACGUACCGGCCCAGGGUGAGGACCUGGACGUGCAGAGAGAACUGGUCAGGGUUUAUGACUCCUGGCGUGAGAAGCGAGAUUGUGUUGCCGGCGCAAAGGCUUUCAUCACGGUGUAUGACCCCUUUUCAAUGCCAGCAAUGAUGAUAUACAUCUAUACCAGAGGCCCAGAUGGUGUAGCCCACGGCUUCGCGGCCAUGCGACAUCUCGGUGCCAACCAAGGAUACCACAUUGACCUUUGCAUUGCGGCUCGUGGAGCGCCCGGAGGGAUCACCGAUCUGUUAAUCGUUGCUGCCAUGGCGCUCUUGCAGUCAAUGAGAGUGUCAUACCUUAGCCUUGGAUCUGAACCCCUGGAAACACUGGCUGACAUAACCCGACUGUCGCCUCCGAUCGAGAAGAUCACUAGAGCGAUAUACAAGCGUACAUUCAAACAAAUGCUUUUCCAGGGAAAACAGAUGUUUCACGAAAAGUUCAAGCCGGAUGGUUCGCAGGGAUCGCCGCUUUUCAUCCUUUUUCCCGCUGGUGCUCCGAGUCCACGACAGUUGGUCGCGCUUUCCCGAAUGUCGAAUAUCAGCAUUCGAAAGCUUGUUUUUUGCAAGGUCGGGAAAGAACUCGAAGACGCUUAUUCUUGUCAAGCAAAAGAUCGAAGAAUAACGACAUGA